UGCCCAAGCCUCGGCAGCUCCAAAUGUCGGCGAAGCUGAUGCUUCAAUUUAUUGUUGUAGUUCAUGAAAAUUUGCGUGCUUUAAAAAGACAAGAAUAUGGAUCAGUUGGUGCUUCAACUGGUUUAUUAUGUGUGGAAAUGGGCAGACUGUAUCAGCGUAAACCAAAAUAUGAAGACCUCAACGUUUGUUUCACUCGAAGUGUGCGGGGAAACAACUUGCUAACAAUCAACGGCAAACCGUAUACAUUAAAUCGACGCAUAAAAGAUGUUUGCUACUGGGAAUGUGUAAAACUACGUUGCAAGUACACAAAAUGCACAGCUCGCGUUAUCACAAAAUGCGAUCAAAUUGCAUCAUUGCGUGGCGAUCAUAACCACUUAUAAAUAAAUGUUUCAUAUGUGCAUGGUUUUAAAUAAAAGCAAUAGAUUAGGAAUAAGCCGUAAUUCUGAAAAUAAUGUACAAACACAGUUUGGAUCGAAGCAACAUUUGAUUUUAAACGCAACAGACGCGGCGGACACAAUCUUCUUUACCACGGCUACAUGUACACUGCAGAACGAAGAUAUAAUUCUACUGUAAACUGGAAAAGGAACGCCCACUUUCCAUUGAUAAAUAUACAAUAAUUAAAAAUUUUCGUUUUGUAAUUGGAUCGCAAUCUGAAAGCAAAUACUACUUAAAAUGCGCGAAUUUUCGUCAGAAAUGUCGUGCUCGUGCAGUUCUUUUCAAAGAAACAAUGAACUUGAGGUUGCGGCUGGAUAAACAUAACCAUACAGCAGAGCAGCAAUAUAUGCCUGCUAAGAAAUCCAAAGUCAGACAGCCAUAAUUUUAAGUAAAUGUAUAUACAUAUAUCGCAAUAUGUUAUUUGUCUCUUCUAAUAUAAUAUAGCCUGUACAUUAACAAUAAAU